UUGGGUUUGAGGCGCCUGAGCCCCCAAACCCCCAAAAUUUGAGCGUGAGACGCGCCUAGGGUUUCGUUGAACCCCCGACCCGCCAAAUCUCCCUCCCUAAUAAAACAAAACAAAACCAAACCCUAACCCCAUUUAUUACUUAUCACUUAUCUCCGGCAAUUCCAUAUUCUCUGCAUGAACCGGAUCCAGAUCCGAACCGCCAUUGCCGACUCGGGUCCGGACAAGCUCCACAAGCUCCAAUGGCGUCCAAGGCCUCACCGAAUUCGGCUUCGCCUUGCAGAUCCGACCCUCCCAAAGACUCUUCGAUGACGGGGCUGCAAGAAUCAAGUCCAGCUCAAAAGGACAUUUCGGCAGUCAUUGAAUCUCUAAAGAAGCAAGUUGCUGCCGACCGGUCUGUUUUCAUAAAGAAAAGAAUGGAAGAAAACAGGCUUAAAAUGGUUGGUGUGACAAACCAUCUGUUUAACUUGUCUAAUGAAAGGAGCAGUAGGACUAACAAUACUGAUAGAAGUAUAGAUCUACUGACUAAAAGGCAGAAAGAUGCAAUUGAUAUGCAUAAUAGUGUCGACGCAAGUAAUGGGGAUGGGGAUAGUAGUAGCUCUCAAGAAGAUGACCAUGCUUGUACAGCAGUUCUUCUCGGAUCUAAUGUUCCAGUCAAGAAUGCUGUUCGUCCCAUUAAGCUUGUAGAAUUAAAAAGAUUACCUCCCUAUACUACAUGGAUUUUUUUGGACAGAAAUCAAAGAAUGAAAGAGGAUCAGUCAGUGGUUGGUCGACGGCGAAUCUAUUAUGAUCAAAAUGGUGGCGAAGCAUUAAUUUGCAGUGACAGUGAGGAGGAAUUAGUUGAGGAUGAAGAGGAUAAGAGAGAAUUUGUGGAAUCUGAAGAUUUUAUACUUCGUAUGACCGUCAAAGAAGUUGGUUUAUCUGAUCCCGUGUUGGAAUCACUGGCACAGUGUUUUUCUAGAAGCCCUUCUGAAGUCAAGGCAAGACACGAAAUUAUUAUUAAGGAAGAGAAGGCUGUGGGAGCUUCUAAGAAUGGGGAUAAUGAAGAUGUUUUACAAAAUGGGAAUUCUUUUCUUGAUAAGGAUCUUGAUGCAGCUCUUGAUUCUUUUGACAACUUAUUUUGUCGUCGAUGUCUUGUUUUUGAUUGCAGGUUACAUGGAUGUUCACAGGAUCUUAUUUUUCCUGCUGAGAAACAAUCUCCCUGGUGCCCCACGGAUGAGGAAAACAGACCAUGUGGCCCACAUUGUUAUCGAUCUGUACUGAAGUCAGAAAAAAAUGCUGGCAUGAAUGGUGAUUUUGAAGAAAAAAUUGUCCCUUCAUCCAGUUGUGCUGGGGCUCAGAUAUCAUCUAGGAAGAAAUCUUCUGGUCCAUCUGCUAGAAAGAGGCUGAAGUCCUGCCAAAGUGAAAGUGCUUCAUCAAAUGCUAAGAACAUCUCGGAAAGCAGCGACUCCGAGAAUGGCUCCCGGCAGGACACCACUUCUACCCACUAUUCAUCACCUUCCAAAACUAAGCUUGCAGGAAAAUAUGCAAUUAGUAAGCGGAACAGCAAGCGAGUUGCUGAACGUGUUCUAGUUUGCCUGCAGAAAAGGCAGAAGAAACUGGCAGCUUCUGAUGAUUGCGAUUCCUUUGUGAGUGGAGGUCUUUGUCCAGGUGAUAUGAAGCCUAAGUCUAAUUCAUGCAAAGAAAAUGAAGAAACUAGCUCCUCUUCACAUAAGAAUUUGAAAUCUCCAACUAGUGGAAGGUCUAGAAGGAAAGAGCCAUCAAUUCAGGAUGGUCACAAAUAUCUGCAGGGUGAAGUUCCUAAUGGUUUGUCUAAUGAGAUAAUUACUGAUCCACCUGCCACUAGUAGUGAUGACAACUUGAGGAAAGAAGAAUUUGUAGAUGAAAAUGUCUACAAACAAGAACUGAGUGAUAAUAAAUCUUGGAAAGCUUUUGAAAAGGGUAUUUUUGAGAAAGGUGUCGAAAUUUUUGGCAGAAACAGCUGUUUAAUUGCAAGGAACCUUCUAAAUGGUAUGAAGACAUGUUGGGAGGUUUUUCAAUACAUGAAUUGCUCUGAAAGUAAGCUGUCUUGCCAAGCUGGUGAUGGUGCAAAUUCUCAUGUUGAAGGCUAUUCUAAGGUUGACUUAAAUGGAACUAUGGGUAAUAAUGAACUGAGAAGACGAUCAAGAUUUGUACGUAGGAGGGGUAGAGUUCGACGCUUGAAGUAUACGUGGAAGUCUGCUGCCUACCAUUCAAUUAGGAAACGGAUUACUGAGAGAAAAGAUCAGCCAUGCCGACAGUACAAUCCUUGUGGUUGCCAAACUGCUUGUGGAAAGCAGUGUUCUUGUCUUCAAAAUGGGACCUGCUGCGAAAAGUACUGUGGAUGUCCAAAGAGUUGCAAGAACCGAUUUAGAGGCUGCCAUUGUGCUAAAAGUCAAUGUCGAAGUCGUCAAUGCCCAUGCUUUGCUGCUGACAGAGAAUGUGACCCAGACGUUUGUAGGAAUUGUUGGGUCAGCUGUGGAGAUGGUACUUUUGGGGUUCCUAGCCAAAGAGGUGAUAAUUAUGAAUGUAGAAAUAUGAAGCUUCUUCUCAAACAGCAACAAAGGGUUUUGCUUGGUAGAUCUGAUGUAUCUGGCUGGGGGGCUUUCCUAAAGAAUAGUGUGGGCAAACAUGAAUACCUUGGUGAGUACACUGGGGAGCUAAUUUCACAUCGAGAAGCAGAUAAGCGUGGAAAGAUUUAUGACCGUGAAAAUUCAUCAUUUCUCUUCAAUCUGAAUGAUCAGUUUGUUCUUGAUGCAUAUCGAAAGGGUGACAAAUUGAAGUUUGCCAACCAUUCACCAGAUCCAAAUUGUUAUGCAAAGGUCAUUAUGGUUGCAGGGGAUCACAGAGUGGGCAUAUUUGCCAAGGAACGAAUUUGUUCCGGAGAGGAGCUCUUUUAUGAUUAUCGUUAUGAGCCAGACAAAGCCCCUGCUUGGGCUCGAAAGCCUGAGACAUCUGGAUCAAAAAAAGAGGAUGGUGCUCCUUCAAGUGGUCGUGCUAAGAAGCUUGCUUAAUCCGAGGAUUUAUUUGUCAAUUCAAAUUUUUUUUAUUGUUCUUUUACAGGUAGAGGCAUCAUUCUCGUUGACCAGAGAGGAAACUAGUAUUCUUGAUCAUUUUGUUUUGAGAGGGGCCAUUGCCCUCUCCAUAGAGAACUAUGUAUCAUCUAACAAUUCAUGUUUAUUUCAGAGCUAAUUGUAUUGACAAAAAAGAAAUGAAAAAAACCCAGAAGCGUAGUGAUUAAUUUUAAUUUUAUAUAAAACGACAAUUGGAUACAAUCUCA